UGAUUCCAUCAAAAAGUUCGCUAUUUAUAGGCUACACACAUGAACCUGGAGUAAUGCAAACCCUCCCGUGUUUGUUCCUUUUUGCAAAGUGACCGGUGCCGCAGCUUUUGAUUGCCGUUCGGGCAGCCGGAGCGGCGGAGAGGACGAGCUGCAAUCAAAGCAAGCUGGGAACAGAUCUCCAGCUGCAGGGAGUCCGGGCAACGCGCUCGCCGCACAACCUUUAACCGGGAGUGCAGCUUUAUCACCUCUUUGCUGCGGAAACAGCUCGGAGGAGCCACGACCCCCCUCCCCAUCAAGGCUAGAGCUGCAGAGGUUCCGGGCCGAGGCAAGUUGCUCAUCCCACAGUCAUAAGCCAGAGGUGUGUGCUGAAUAGUUCCCUAAAUGGAGGAAGAACAUACAUCACUAACAGUUGCUAGAAGCUCCAGAUUAAAUUGUGGAACCUUAUCAUCAGCCUUUGAGGUGAUGUCAGAUGAAAAGGGUAUAAUGGCUGAAAUAUACACCAGAGGAAUUCAUUUUGGCAAGCCUGGUCCAUGUAGGCUUCUUUGCAGAAUGUCAAGCAAGGAUCGACACAUUGAUUCUAGCUGUUCGUCAUAUAUCAAGACGGAACCAUCAAGCCCCGCCUCCUUGACGGACAGCAUCAACCAUCAUAGCCCUGGUGGCUCCUCUGACGCCAGUGGAAGCUACAGUUCAACCAUGAAUGGACAUCAGAAUGGGUUAGAUUCACCACCACUCUACUCUUCAGCCCCCGGUCUUGGGGGUAAUGGGUCUGUCAGGAAACGAUACGAUGAUUGCUCCAGUACCAUUGCUGAAGAUUCACAAACCAAGUGUGAAUACAUGCUGAACUCAAUGCCCAAAAGAUUGUGUUUGGUUUGUGGUGAUAUUGCAUCAGGGUAUCACUAUGGUGUGGCUUCAUGUGAGGCCUGCAAGGCUUUCUUCAAGAGGACAAUUCAAGGUAACAUAGAAUAUAGCUGCCCAGCAACAAAUGAAUGUGAAAUCACAAAGCGCAGACGCAAAUCCUGUCAAGCUUGUCGUUUUAUGAAGUGUCUAAAAGUUGGCAUGCUGAAAGAAGGAGUGCGCUUAGACAGAGUACGUGGUGGUCGCCAGAAGUACAAGCGCAGAAUAGAUGCAGAAAAUAGUCCAUACCUGAAUCCUCAACUAGUCCAGCCAGCCAAAAAGCCAUAUAACAAGAUUGUCUCCCAUUUGCUGGUGGCUGAACCAGAGAAGAUCUAUGCCAUGCCUGAUCCCACUGUGCCUGACAGUGACAUCAAGGCUCUCACCACACUUUGUGAUUUGGCAGACAGAGAACUGGUGGUCAUUAUUGGAUGGGCUAAACAUAUUCCAGGAUUUUCCACUUUAUCGCUUGCUGACCAGAUGAGCCUUCUACAGAGUGCUUGGAUGGAGAUUUUAAUUCUGGGCGUAGUGUACCGAUCACUUUCCUUUGAGGAUGAGCUUGUCUAUGCUGAAGACUAUAUUAUGGAUGAAGACCAGUCUAAAUUAGCAGGCCUUCUUGAUCUCAACAAUGCCAUCCUGCAACUGGUAAAAAAAUACAAGAGCAUGAAGCUGGAGAAAGAAGAGUUUGUCACCCUCAAAGCUAUCGCGCUUGCUAAUUCAGAUUCUAUGCACAUAGAAGAUGUUGAAGCUGUCCAGAAACUUCAAGAUGUCUUACAUGAGGCGCUGCAGGAUUAUGAAGCUGGGCAGCACAUGGAAGAUCCACGCCGGGCUGGGAAGAUGCUGAUGACUUUGCCGUUACUUAGGCAAACCUCCACCAAGGCUGUGCAGCAUUUCUACAAUAUUAAAUUGGAAGGCAAAGUCCCCAUGCACAAACUAUUUUUGGAAAUGCUGGAGGCAAAGGUCUGACCUCAACAUCCUGGGCCCUUUCAGUUGGGUAUGCUGAAACCGUAACAAGAGGGACAUCCGAAUGGGAAAACUGUGGCAAAGAACCUUUAGCGUUACUUUAAGGCAAUGAAACUGACUGCACUGAUCAUUAAGCAGCAAGAAUGAGUAGCAGCAUCUCUUUUUAGUCUUGGUCUUAUUUGAUGAGGUUCUCCUUCUUCAUUUCUCUCUUCUUUUAAUGUUAUUAGUUCUCAUUUGUUUGUAAUUUUCCCCCUUUUGCUGCUGAAAAAUUCAUAUAUAUAUGAAUAUAUAUAAAUAUAUAUACACACAUUUAUAUAAAUAUAUACACACACAC